CUAGUACCUACAUUUUUUGUACAGUUUGAUUAAAAAGCUUUAGGGUAAUUCACCAAGCAUGACCAGCGUUGGUAAUGAUAAACCGGUCUUGCAAGAUAGUGACUUAAUCCUUAAAAUAAGGACUUUAAACCCCCACAUUGUAUGCGCGCUGUGCGCUGGUUAUUUUAUCGAUGCUACAACCAUUUCGGAAUGCUCCCACACUUUCUGCAAGAGCUGCAUUGUCAAGCAUCUGCAGACGAAGAAGUCAUGCCCAGAGUGCAGCCAGAAGAUCCAUGAAACGCAACCUCUCAUGAACCUUCGGAGCGAUCGUGUGAUGCAGGAUGUUGUUUACAAACUCGUCCCGAACCUCUUCCAAGCAGAGCAGCAAAGAGAAGCGGAGUUCUACAGAAGCAGAGGAGUGGACUUCUCCCUGAGUGGGAGUCAUCUUCUUAACAUCGGGACUCCGCUAAAAUAUACGCAACAAAAAGUUCUCCGAGACACUUCCGAUCUCGACGUGCCGAAAAUUGAUGCGCGGAAGAUCCCAAAUGUGCAUAUUGCGCACAGAUAUAAAUUUGAUGAAAAACUAUACUUCCAACUGAUGUUGGACGAAACAAUGUUACCGUACCAUGAUGGUGGUUUAAUUAGGUUUGAAAAUCUUACCUUUAAAGAGCUACCGAAGUACAUACGUUGCCCAGGUCGUGCUACUGUGUGGCAUAUUGAGAAAAUUAUCGCUUCACAAUUAAGGCUCGGCAGCGAGCAUGUGCUACAGCUGUCAUGUUGUGGCAGGGACUUGGACAGCUCUACCGGCUUAAAGCAAAUUACUUUAAUGUCGUAUUAUAGUAAAUCGAACGCUGGAUUUGAAAAUCAAUGUAUUCCAAUUAUGAAGUACAAAGUUGAAAUGAGAUGAUGGACUCAAUACUUGUACAGUUCAUCAGGUCUUAAAAAUCACCUGAUAUAAUAGCAGAAAAGCUUACAUUGAAGCUACUUAUUAAUUUAUAAAACCCAACCCGAAAAAAAAUCUUCCACCAGGUCUUAAAAAUGACCUAAAAUAAAAGCAGAAAAGCUUACAUUGAAGCUAUGCAUUCAAUUACUAAACCCAAUUUGUAAAAACCAACAAUAGGCCUAUUUUACUGCAGCUUUUAAACUACUGCCAAUCUUGAAUCUGUAUUUGUUUUUUUAUUCUGUGUUUUCUGCUUUACAUUACCAACUUUUAUGUCUACUUUAAAAGGUUUAAUGCUAUGGCAUGCAGCAUUUGUCUAUACCAAUACACACUUACAUAUUUAAA